AUGACUCCCCACCCGUACGCCCAUGUUUCAGGACCAUCUUCGCACCAUGCAUUCCAUCGCGCAGGUCGUCCUAGCACUAGUACCGGUCGUGGAGCGGCCCAAGCGUAUUCACCAUUAACAACCAACUUCUCGUUAGGAUCGUCCGGUACAACAUAUGAUCCCUACCUUCACUACAAUCGCUCUGGUCAGCAGACCCUGACCCUGCCAGUUCUCCCAAGAACAACUUCCAACUCUUUUCCAGAGCUCAACGCCACUAGCCUCUCAUCGACAGACUCUUCCCCAAGUGUACAUACACCCUCUAACUAUUCAGGCUAUUCGUUUCCCUCGACAGCACACCAGAAUUGGACACAACAACCCGUGUUCGGUUACAGUGCGCUUGAGGCUCCUCAAUUUGAUGCGCAGCUGACAUUGGGAACGAAUACUUCUCGGAUGGGGUCGUCUUCGCUUGGAGAUAAAAGCGCGGAAUGGUCGAGCUUGCAGGUACCUUUGACUACAUCUGAGCACCCUCAGGUUCGGGCUGCCUCCUCGUCCUCCACGUCAUAUCAAGUUCCGCCUCAAAUUUCUAAUACCGGUAAUAUGGCUAUCCUUCCUUCAUCUUCAAACCACCAGGCUGUGCCGACUUCCACUCGAGUACAUGAGACUGUCUUGCCAGAGCCUGUAGUUGAGCCCGAGUCUGUUCAUGCCGGUGAACAAGGCGGUCAGGAUACGCUUCCUGACAUCUAUGCUGGGAUUAUUUCCCUCUCGUCUGGUACUGUUGAUAAUGCAAGCGGAAAGGAUGGCAAGAAGCACGCGUGUUGGAUGUGCCACAAGAGUUUCGAUAGACCAUGCACACUCCGCAAGCACAUGCUCGUACACACAGGAGAGAAAGCCUAUCAAUGCCCUUUAUGCCAACGUAGGUUCAGCGUAGCUUCCAACCUCAACCGUCACACCAAACGCUGCGGACAACGCCGUUCACGUUCUUCCGUCUCCCCAAAUAGUCCACCUGCAGAAGAUUCAGUAGACGAUACUAUCAUUCCGCCCAGUACCACUCUCGUCCCUCCUUCGUCAUCGAUCACACCAAGGACUCGAACUAGGACUUCGGCUGAAACGGCGUUACCUCAUGAUCCUGCUGCAGAAGCUGCCAAUACUCCCGCUUUCUCUAUCUCAGGGCCCCUUCCUAUCGACGCAUCUUCUUCGAAACGUGUUGGGAAGAAACGCCCUUCUAUACCCUCUCGUUCUGGUAGUAACGUGAAUGUACCUUCCUUAGGCCUCGUCUCCGGUUCUGCAUAUGGACAUGGAUCUGCAUCCGUACCCCUACAUUCACGACGACAGAAACGGCCUCUUGAGUUCAUCACGGGUCCUUCUUCACCCGAAACGUCCUCUCCGCCUCAAAUUCAAGGUCAAUCCACAGCAGCUUCAACUGCCGUCCCAUCUGCCUCUUUCACUCUUCCAUCCACAUCUGCUCAGACCCAUCAUGACGCUACCACUCAUCGACCACGUAAACGCGCCCGACGCGCUCCUUCGCCCUUCCGCUGGAUCCCUGAUAGUCUCAAACUCUUCGACCUAACACGUGUAGACAAAUCCACUCCAAAGCCCCUUCCUCCCGUCCAACCCUAUCACGAUCCAAAGACUCAUGUAUGGGAAGAACGUGAUUCUUUCGAUGAUAGUGCGGCGAGUAGGCCAUAUCAUCCUGUUGGAUGGACAGGGAAGUUACCGGGUCCUGGGUUGAUGAAGGAUGAGACUAUGAAGAUGGGUGGAACGCUGUUGGUCUUCUGACUUGCACCUGCGCGUGAGGAGGUUUUUCCUUCAAUUGAAGGGGCCCCGUGUGUGAAAGGAUUUCUGGGCCAAAGUUGAAGCUUGAGGCCUAGAUGUCUGUUCCAUAUUUUCCUUGCUGAAUCUUCUUUUCCAGUUGUUAAGUUCAAUGUCUGCCCGAGCUCGGUUCUCAUGUUGUUCAUGAUCAUACCUUGAUCAGCUUCGGAUGUACGAUAGAUAUAUCCAGUGGUUAGUGGUCAGUUAAUACCCUAUACCCCAAUCUCCCAUACCCUAUAUACGGCGCGGUAUACCUUUCCAUUUGCUUCAGGUUUCUCUCUCUUUUGGUUCAAUGGGAGUUGUACUAGUUGUUUACGGUUGUAGUUGGUGUAGAUACCAUGAACGUUCCUUGGUGCUCUUGUAAGGCUAUAACGCUGCUCUAUAAAAUACGCUCGGUAAUAAUGAUACUCGUACUAAUAGAAUUGAUAGAUACCACCGUCGUGCAAUGUAUAACACCACGCGUU